UUAUUUAUAUAAAUUUUGUUUACUUUUUAAAUAAAAUUACUAAGUUAUUGUUCUCAUAACCUUACAUUCUUUCGAUAAAUAACUCUAUAUACGUAAAAAUUUGUGUUGUAUUAUUAACUCCAUAACUCCUUAACUUAACCUUCUCGAGUUUGUAAGGGCAACCAAUCAGCGUUCAGCGUUCUUUGAUUGCUGCGAUCUGAUUGGCGCACUCGUGAUUUUUGUAUGUUUAUGUUUAUACUCGUACAAUUAACCAGCUUCGAGCUUUAUUCGUUUUCUCCUCCUUGUCGCUUGUCGCACAUGUUAUACCACUCCGAACGAAGGCGAAGUUGUUGACAUCGCCUCACUGCAGAGACUACGAUUUGCAUACUCUAAUAUUUUUAACGGUACAUUGUAAGAAAAAGGAAGGAAGAGGAUCAGCGUUAAAUUAUUUCUUGUGACUGCCAACGCGCCCAACACAUUCGUAGAAACAGAGGGAGCAGGGGCGAGGGUAUUGAAAAUCAACGCUUUUAACCUUUGUGGGAAGAACGAAGAACACUUUUGAGUGGAGACAUGGAGAGUCGACAUUCCAGGAGCCUAAGGAGUCAAGUAGGAAAAACACCAAUUCAAAAGCCGCUGUGCCGACUGUGCGAGUGUCCGACGUCGGACGGCCACGUCCUCGCGUCGCAGGUGGACAGGUGGAAGCUGAGGAAAUGGGCCAUGGAGGUCAUGAACCUGACGGAAGAAGACGAAAACUUGCCGGACGUGGUCGGAGAAGACGCUUUGAUCUGCUAUUUUUGCAUCUGGCAGGCAGAGUUUGGGGAUGAGUCUGGAGACGAGGCUGUCGCUUGGUGGCCGAAAAAUCUUGAUUUGGAAGAAAACGCUAAGGUGUUGCGCGAGAAUUAUUCAGUUGGUGAAGUAGAACAGUGUUGGGUGCAGUUGGAAGAGGUUGAUCUGGCAAAAUGCACAAAGGAAUCCCCUAAGAAGAGAAAAUUCGACAUUGAUCUGGCCAAAUACGAAAAGAAAAUCCCUAAGAAGUGGAAAUACGGCAGUGGAGUGUGUUUUUACUGCGGCAAGAUGUACAACAGUCUGAGGCAUCACGUCAAGCUGAUGCACAAAGAAGCCAUCAAAUGCGGAAUUCGGGGUUGCAGGACUUACUUUCACACAGAGGAGGAAAAAGAGCAGCACAUGAUAGAGGAUUUACAUGAGAAACUAAACAAAACGUGUGAAAAGAAAAACAUAUGCUGCAAAUUUUGUGAAAAUUUCACAACAUUUUCCUCAAACCAAAUGUUGAGAUAUCACAUGAAACGUUAUCAUCCAGAACUUCCGGUGACGUGCACACAUUACGGCUGCAAAGAGUCCUUCAAAUCCAGGUCCGAGUGGAUUCUCCACAUUAACCUGUCGCACAAAGAAGGGAUAAAUCAUGACCUUUACUUAUGCGAGCAUUGCGAGUUUUUCACUACGCAUGAGUUUCUGUUGAGAAAGCACGAACAGGCAAAGCACAAGCCAAAGAUCUUCAAAUGCGACAGUUGCGACGCCAAAUUCGGCUCAAAAGUGUUGGUGAAUAAGCACUUCAAACGAUGUCACACGUUCGAAAAUUGCAAGUCUUGUGGUCAGGUCGUGACUCUCGGAUACAAGCCAUUUCACACAAAGCCAUCGGUUUGCUCCAGAUGCAAAGUUAGUUUUGAUUGCUCGGGUUUGAAUCAAUUACAUAAGAAAAGCUGCAAAUCAGUUCUUCUUAAAUGCACAGAAUGUGGGAAACCGUUCACCUUGAAUAAGCAGUUGAAUCGCCACGUGAAAAUCGUUCACACCAAAAGUACGAUUUUUCGCUGCGGCCAUUGCGACCAAAUUUUAUAUGAAAAACACCAAAUAAUAAAGCACAUGCAACGCAAACAUUUUCCAAAGACGAUCAAGUGUGAUGAGUGCGACAAAUUGUAUUCCUCCGAAUCAUUUCUCAAGUACCACAAACAGAGGUGGCACGAAUACGUUCGUUGUGCAGAAUGUGGUCAGGAGGUACGCCGUCAAAACAUGCCGAUUCACCGGACCGUAAAGAAUUGUCGCCGCUGCAAUUGCAAUUUCAAGUGCCAGGGAUUUCUCGAAAAGCAUAAGAAGAGUUGCGAAGAAACUGCCCUCCUUAGUUGCAAAGUGUGUGGAAAAGCAUUCAACGUGCGUUGGAAGUUGAAUUGCCACGUGAAACAAGUUCACAACAAAAGUGCGAUUUUUCGCUGCGACCAUUGCGAAUUUUCUGCAUUUAAGAAGAACCUAAUAGAAAGGCACAUUCAAUACAAACAUUUUCCGUAAGACUGUUUAGGUGUUGAAAGUGCAGCAAUUGUUUGCCAGGAAAUAUUUUCUCAAGCGUCAAAAGCACAGGCGGCACAAUGUGCUCAGGAGAUGAUUCGCCGUCCUUGAAAAGCAUUUUAAGAGCUGCCAGAAUAAUAAUUUUUAUUGUGACGAGAGCCUAAAUUUUCAUACUGUCGCGAGAAGCACAUUGAUGUGUAAAUGAAAUGUGCAGCAGUAUUAUGAAAAAUUAGACAAAUUAACCAGAAUAUUGCUCCUUUUACGGUUAUAUUGCUUCACUUUUAUAGUUUGGGAAAGGGUUUUUUUCUAAAAUAUAUAGCAAUAAAUAAUUUUUUAUCUACAAAUAUUUUCAAACACAAUUUUCAUUAAAUUUCCAUGCCCUUGGAUUCUUUUUUUUCCAUCCGGAUUUACACAGAAAAUUUGUGCAAAAUUUCUUCUUAAUUGAAAUUAUAUUAAAAAAUUAGGAACAAGCAAAAUCUUUAAUUUCUUUUAGAAAAAUCAACAAAUAGCAAACUACAAUUUAUUUUUCCUAUUGAGGAAAUUUUUCCCGAAAAUUCGCAAAACGUAUGAAAUAGAUCGCGGCAAGAGAGAUUC